GCAACAACAUUGCAAAAAUUGAGGACAACCCUUUCCCAAAAGAUUCUGCUUUGCAAGAGCUUUACUUCGGCAAGAACAGCCUGUCUUCCUUUCCUCCAUGGAUAUUUUUAUUGACAAAAAUUAAAUUAAUCGAUUUAUCGUUUAAUCAGUUAACGUUUGAAAAUCUUGACAAGGCGUUAGAUGAAUAUCCCAUACCGCUGAAUGACCCGAUUAAAAGCGGGAAACAGCUGAUAGUUCUCGAUUUGUCCAACAACAACAUCACCAAAUUAGUAGAUUACGAUGGACUGAACAGGAUAAAACAGGACGAGGAAAUCUCUCCUGUGCAGCCACCUCAAGCCAAAUAUACUUAUCUCUGGAAAGCAUACCUAAUCAAUUUGAGUGGAAAUCCGUUAGCUUGUGACUGCAUCAUGUCUGCUGUGGCACAAGAAAUUGAAAAAAUAUCGCAAAAAUAUCCUUUGAUAGAACCAUGGUUUAAAACCUGGCGAUGUCAUUGGCCACUCGAGCUAAAGGACAAAUCGAUUAAUAAGAGAAGAUCAAUGGGUGCGGAGAGAGACUGAGCUUGAAGAUCGCAAUUGCCCCACAGAAUGCACCUGCCGGAAACGCUGCUCCAAUGGAAUAAUAGUCGUUAAUUGCGCGGGAAAAAAUCUUGCAGAAGUACCAAACUUAAUGCCACGAGGUCUUAUUGAAUUGAACUUGAUGAGCAAUGACAUCCGGGAUAUUCCAGCAUUUCCUUAUUUGGAAAACGUGACUGUUCUGAAAAUGACAAACAACAAAGUUGAGCGGCUGAAGGCCUCCACUGUGGAGAAAUUAAAACGUGUCGAGAUUCUGCUCAUUGAUGCUAAUAACCUGACAACUCUACCCAGGGAAAUUGAAUCUCUGAAUUUUACAACGUUGGCGUUGGAGCAAAACUUGUUUAAAUGCGACUGUACGACUAAAUGGAUGAAGCACUGGCUGGUGAAGAAUAGACGUCGAAUACGAAACAUCGAAAAGGUGUUUUGUAACUCGGAGCAUGCUCUUGGCCGAGCAAUUUACAGUUUACCGGACGACGAGUUCAUCUGUGCUACCAUUAAGGAAAAGAACACAGGAAAGACAGUACCUAUAGGAACCAUAGCUGCCUGUACCCUUGGUGGUCUGCUAGCUUUAAUACUGAUUGUUGGUAUUGUUUUGUACAAAUAUUAUAGAGAAGUCAAAGUCUUCAUGUACACCCACUUCAACUGGCACCCGUUUGAUCGCAUUGAUGACUCGGAUCCAAAUAAGAUAUACGACGCCUUUAUAUCGUUCAGCGGGAAUGACUUCGACUGGGUGAAGACCACGUUACAAGAACGACUAGAAAAUCACGACCCCCCUUAUAAACUAUGCUUUCACCACCGCGACUUUCCAGUUGGCGAGCCAAUCGUGGAAAACAUUUUCAAAAGCGUGGAUCAAAGUAAACGCAUGUUAGUGGUGCUGUCUUCCAGCUACGCAAAGAGCGAUUGGUGUUUGAUGGAGUUUCGUGAAGCUCAUCGAAAAGUGUUAGAAGAUCGCAUGAAAUACCUGAUAGUUAUUCUGUUUGAUGAUGUGGACACGACAGAGCUGGAUGAGGAAUUUAAGUUGUACCUGCGAACCAACACGUAUUUGAGCGUUAGCGACAAGGGGUUCUGGCAAAAGCUGUAUUACGCGUUGCCCCUUCCUUCGUCGACGGAAUCAGUUGAGGAUAGAAGUUUCGAAAGCGUUGCUUUAAGCGGGAACAUUGAUAGCUCUGCAGAAACAAGAGGCGCUGGAGAUGGCUCAAAACACAGCGGACACCAUAGUACUUGUUGAACAGUAGAGCCGUCGCAUAUGCGUAAUCGCGGUGGACAAACCGAAAAGCCAAACUGAAGAGAAAAUAGCGGCACUGAAAUUAAGCAUUCGAAGAACAAUAGAAAAGAGUAACUGCUUGUGUGAUUCAUAUUUCUUGAGGCGUAAGUGACUUUGAUUCAAAGGCCCUCUGGGCUGCCUCGUGUUACUUGUUGUAGAGUUUCACUGGACAUGUGGCCGCAUUUGCCUAUCAAGAAUUGGGCUAGUUUGCAAGAACCUUUUUCUGUAAUGGAAGCGUAACCCUAGAUAAAGUAAAGGCAGAGCGCAUUUUCACUUCCGGUAUUUUUACAAGUAUUUAACCAUUAUUCGCCAAAGGCGAAGUGAACAUUGGUGAAUAUUCACCCAGACGAAGUCUUGGUGAAUAUUCAGCAAAGUUCACUGAGCCUGAGGCGAAUAAUUGUUUUAGUAUAAUUAUUAGACGUGAAUAUUAAGGACUACGAAAUAACGGACUAAAAUAUAAAAGUACAGACGCAAUUGUUGGUGUGCAUACACGUA